UUCAGGAAUUUGGAACUUUCCUUUCAUAUAAGGACUUUUUGAUGUCAAUCACAAUCUAGAGAAAGGGAAAGGUGCAGCCUAAAAUCGAUAAACGAAGCGUACAAAUUCGUGUAAGCGUUUUUAUUGGUUGCAGACAAAUUAAAGGAAGUAUUUAGUUCACUCCGGAGUUAACUGGAAGAGAAACGAAAAUAAAAGUCCUUGCACAAAGAAACUGAUACAAAAGUAUCCAUACGAAAAACAAAGUACUCGUUUAUAAUCAUGUCUGGCUCGUCAUUUAACAGAGGUCCUGCCUAUGGGUUUUCUGCGGAAGUCAAAAGCAAGAUUGCUGGAAAGUAUGACCCUCAGAGAGAGGAGGAGCUAAGAGUCUGGAUCGGGGAUGUGACAGGAUGUGUUAUCGGGGAGGACUUCCAGAAAGGCCUGAAAAAUGGUGUCAUCCUGUGCGAACUGAUCAACAAACUUCAACCUGGCUCUGUGAAAAAAAUCAACUCGUCCACCAUGAAUUGGCAUCAGCUGGAGAACAUCACCAAUUUCAUCAAAUCCAUCCAAACGUACGGCCUGAAGCCCCAUGAUAUCUUUGAGGCCAACGACCUGUUUGAGAACGGGAACAUGACCCAGGUCCAGAGCACACUGCUGUCUCUGGCUGGUAUGGCCAAGACCAAGGGCUGCCAGUCCCGAGUGGACAUUGGGGUGAAGUAUGCAGACAAACAGGAGAGGCUAUUCGACGAGGAGAAGAUGAAGGCCGGACAGUGUGUCAUCGGACUGCAGAUGGGGACGAAUAAGUGUGCCAGCCAGGCGGGCAUGAACGCAUACGGCACCAGGAGGCACCUCUACGACCCCAAGGCUCACAUCCUGCCCUCCAUGGACAACUCUACCAUCAGUCUGCAAAUGGGCACCAACAAAGGGGCCAGUCAGGCUGGCAUGACAGCGCCAGGAACCCGCCGUGCCAUCUACGACCAGAAGCUGGGCACAGACAAGUGUGACAAUAGCACCAUGUCGCUGCAGAUGGGCUCCAACGCAGGCGCCAACCAGAGCGGGCAGAACUUUGGCCUGGGUCGUCAGAUCUACGACGCCAAGUACUGCCCCAAGAACGAGGAGGAGCAGAAUGGGGCCGGGGCCGAAUAUGUCGCCGACUACCAAGACGAGGGUUACCAAGAAUACAGAGAUGACACGGUGCCGGUGUACCAAGAAGAGGGGACGGAUUAUUAAAAGGGGGGGUUGUGCUUGUUGAAAAUAGAAGAAACCUCAAGGAAGAUGUUUUCAAAGUUAUUAGUUACAUAGGAUUUUCUACCUUUUGGGUGAUCUCCUUCUGGGAUUGGACAAUAGUGCCCUCUUGUUCUCAUUAAGUGCUGGUUAGGACCAAUGUACACAUAUCUCACAUGUGCUAUAUAUUAAAAGGUUUUUAUAUUCCUGUUGAAAUGGCUAUACUUAUGUGUUUUUAAAGUAUAACUGCUAAAGCCAGUACUUGUGUCUGAGCUGUGAUUAGCUUUUUUUCUCGCAGGGAAUUUGGUAAAGUGCCAAAGCCCCCUUGCCAGUUUCCCCCUCUACAACUAAUGUAAUUAGGUAGAUUUAAAGGGAUGGCAUUUAUGCAAAGGAUUUGAUUUACAAAUAUUGCCUGGAAUCCAUCUAAGAUAGGAUUCAAUGAUUAAAAAUAAUCUGUUUCGAGAUGGAAAAAGAAAGAUCUUAAACUUUCAAUGGAAUGUUGAUAAAAAAAAGUUAUCAGUUAAAAAAUGGAUUGUUCCAUAGUUGGCAUUUACCCAUCCUUGUAUAUAUAUGCCUAAAAGUCAUAUUGUUAAUGUAAACUAUAUACAUUUAAAUUACCUUAAUUGAUGUGAAUAAUAAUGUGAAUUUGUUAUAACUGUUUGUAUCCAUUCAUUAUUUUUACUUGGUAAUACAAAAGACAACAAGAUGAUCUGUUGAGAACGAGAAAAGAAAAUGUGUUUGUGAACAAACCACUGUCUCAUUAAUCGCCCAUUCUGUUAACUUUUUAUGUAUGCUGAGUACUGACCAUAUCAUUUCUUAGAAGGAAAUAUUUAUUUCGCUUGCAUAAUCAGAACAACUGGAGCCAAGAUUGUUUUCUUUGGAUUAGAGUCUUGAAAAAACAUUCAGGCUUUCAACAUUUCAAGCUGGAUACUGGAUUCAUUUUGUCAGUUUUCUUCAUUGUAUAAUGUUUUAAUGGAUUCACUGAUGAUUGAUAAGAGGACCAAAAUUAUUUUAGAUUUUGAACUCUGUCAUUCGUGAUUCUUUUUAUAUUUCUGUUUAUAAACGUGUUUUGUACCUAGACUCUGAAGGAAAUGAGCUUUUACUACCUUAGGUAUUAUAUACAUUCCUUGUGCUCUGCUUUGGAUCCAUCUUUUCAUUAUAAAUGGAAACAUUUGUUAAAGUUUGGAAAUAUGUGUGACUAAAGUGUAAUGAAGAUGGACAUUGAAUACAAA